AGUUGUUUAUAAACGCAUAUUCUAAAAUUUUUGUAUCGAUUUCUUCUUUUUGUGUAGAAACCAACGAUUGAUCCUUUAAUCCUUCAAAAAUGGGACGCAAACGAAAGUCGAAAGCUCCUGUGAAAAUCACGCGCUCGCCUAAGCAAGCGAAACAGAGUGCCACACCUGUGAAAAAAGAUGUCACUAGCACCGAUGAUGGUUCGAAUAAUCCAGUUAAGAAAAAUUCACCCAAAGUGUCGGAUCCAGUGCAGCUCGACGAUGUAACAGAACAACAGGAGACUGCCGAUGGUAAGAAAUCGUGGGACAGGGUCCGUCAAUGGAUGAUUGAUCAGCAGCAGCAACAAGCUGACGAACCCGAUGCUAAAGUAGCGUUGGAAGAGAUCGCCGAUGAAGAACCACUUACCGAGGACCGUUAUCCGUUGGCUGAUGAUUCUGCACAUCUGAAUGAAGACUUUGAGGUUCCGUUGCGCUAUCGUUUGAAGGAUUAUACCGAAAAACAGAUCCUCAACUCAGUGAUGUAUGAGUGCGAGUGGUUGAAGUGCGGUUUAGAAACGACUGAUGAUAUCGAAUAUCUGACUCACGUCGAAAGUCAUCUAGAUAGUUACUUACAGGGAAGACGGGAUUUUCGAGACCUUACCUGUCUUUGGGAUCUUUGCGACUUCAAAACAUCAAGUGUGCGUGAUUUGGAAAGUCAUGUACACUUUCACGUGUACCACAAUCGGAUGAAAACGCACGGUGCCAGUUUGAGCAAUAUCAUAAGCGUCCCGAAGUGCAACAAUGACAGCCGUCGACGAAAUAGCAUCGAUACGUUUCGUAUAACCUUUCAAUGUGAAUGGGGUGACUGCGAAGAAGUCUACCACAAAGCACAAUCGUUUUUUACGCAUGUAAACAAUCACAUUCAGGAUCAGUUUCCGGUAGACAAAAGAUCAAGCAAGGUGCCGCUGAUGUGUCAGUGGGCCGCCUGCAAGCAAACCUACAAACGGUGUAGUAUUGGUCUCGAGCAUAUUAGACGACACUCGACGGAGCGUACAAUCGGAUGUUACACCUGUGGAGCAAUGUUUGUGUCCCGUCUGAAAUAUAUAGAUCAUUGUAAGCGUCAGGUGGAAUACCAUAAUCGAGAAUAUCCUUGCCAACAAUGUAACAAGCUUUUUGCUACGAAACAACUUAUGGUGGACCAUACGAAUAUUCACAAUAAGAAAUACGCCUGUACGCUCUGUCCGAUGAAGUGGCCAUCGCGGAAGGCGUUAUCCUAUCACAUACGCUAUAGACACGUCGAAGACAAACCGUUCCAAUGUCACAUCUGCAAUCAUAGGGCUGUCACUGCUCGUGAUUUACACAUUCAUACAAACAUUCAUGCAAAUAUGAAUCAGUGGAAGUGUUUUGAGGUUGGCUGCAAAAUGGCUUACAAAUCCGAAAUAACGCUACGAAAACAUAUUCUGACUGUACACAAAGGCCUCCCCCCGGAUAUCUACGCUUGUCAUCUAUGUACCAAAGAAUACAAAUGCGGAACGUCACUGUCCAACCACUUGAUGAAGUAUCAUGGCUGUGAACGCCUGCCGGGUCACAUUCGUUAUCAAUACCGUCAAGAUCACGAGGACGAAAAAUUUAAGUUGGCUGUUUAUUUGGAUAAUAAAAUUGCCUUAGCCAAUAGGGAACAGGUAGCGCCUCGUUCGUCUAACGAACAGACAAAACUAUCGACAACGACUGAGUCUGACUCAUCAGGGUUUCUCGAUCAGACCACCUGGACAAGUUACUCAAUUGAAUCUUGGAAGCAUAUUGACAAAGAUAAGAUUUCCAUCAACAUGAUCCCAGACAAAAUACACUCAAAAAUGCCACGAAAACCGCGAACGGUGAAACCAAAAGUGGAGAAAGAUGAUUCACUAACUGAAAGUUUAUCCAUAGACCAGUACGCACCCGUGGGCGCACACGACAUAGAAGAAACGGCUACCAGAAACAUUGAACGCAAAGUGUAUUCGAAAGCAAAAUCCAAGAAUCAAGCAAAGUCUAGAAAGGUGGAUGAUUGUAUGGCUGCUAAGAAAUUAGUCACGAAACGUACUGCAUUUGCGAAACAAUCAAAUUCUUCAGAUUGUGAAGAAACAGAAGAAUUUAACUCUCUCGUCAACAAAUCGAUUUCUCGUAGAGUCUAUCCGAAAGCACCAUUCAAAAUUCGCAGUCCCAAGCCGGACACUAGAGAUGAUCGUUCGAUUACUCAGGAUGAAGAGAUAUGCAACGUUGAAAAAUUUGCUACUAUAACUCCAAACAAAGUUUAUCCGAAGGCUAAAUUUUGCCGAACAAAAAAUUUACCUCUCACAAGUAAAAUUACGAUCGAACAGACAGAAAUUGAAGAUCGUUCAACAAGAACAGUCAUUGAUCUACCGAACCAUGAGUACAGCAAUCAAUCAAUUGUAAAUCACGACACCGGUUUGUACAGUCUUACAAAUUAUUCACUUGCAACGAUGCCAAGUGAAAGAAAAAUUGUUACUUCAACCUAUGAACAGGAUUCAUUACAAUUAAAUGGCACCCAAAGCAUGCUGGAAAAUCCAAAUAUUUUAGCAUGUGAUUAUGAAGACAAUGCACAUAACCAAAUUGCAUCGUCGAACUACGACGGCAAUCUUAUUACGGAGACGGUUGGGGAAUUCACCAUCACUAUGCGCAGGAAUAGUGAUGAAAUUGAUGGUAUUGCGCCUCCGAGCACACUGACGGAUAACCCAGCCAAACGUACCGAACCCAUCCAUUCGGACCCGAAACAGGUUGUUCCGGUUGGAGAUCUUGAGCAUAUAAGGCAUUAUUUGAAAGUGGACAACUCGGCAAUCAUUUCGAUUGACAUUACUGACGAGACGGGAUGUGUGCUUUCCAACCAAACAAUUGACUCUGUUGUUUACAGCUGCAAGGCAGAUAACGAAAAUAGCCGCCGACGAAAAUGACCACAGAUCUUCUCCGAUUAGACUAACGUUCUUGUAUUUUACAGUAUCUGUACAAUUAUAAGUAAGCUCAUGUUAGAUUUAUUUUUGACCUUUGUUUCCAGUAUAGUUAUCCAUUUAUAUUGACCACAGUUCUUAAGAAAUUAAAUUGCUUAUAAGCCUCUAAAUUUUCGAAUAAAAUGAUUCCCAUCAAUUGCAAUUUUUUCUAUGCACGCCAAAACUUUUGUCGACAUUUUGAUGUAUCUGUCAAAAUCAUCAAAGUCAUCUGCAGGUUUUGUACACUGCUUCUCCACAACCAUCAUCAUCGACCCUCGGCUUCAUGGUAGUAAACCAUAGAGAUCGUCGUUUAGCUCCCGGAUUGGCGAUUAUGUUUCCGAAGAGUUUCUGGUGUCAUUCAGAAUUCCACAGGAAAAUCAUCUUGGGGUUUUGAUAUUCUUAUUCUACUUCAACGAUGUUCUCAAGUAGAGAAGGUGUUACUACCUUACCUUACCUAACAGCUAUAGUCCUGGGGCGUCCUUUACUGUAUCAAGCAUACGUCUCCACAUAACUCGGUCCAUGGCUGCUCGUCACCAGCCACUCAAGGCACGGAUGCUUCUGAGAUCACCCUCCAUUUGAUCGAUCCACCUUGCUCGCUGCGCUCCUCUUCUUGUCCCAGUCGGAUUGGAUUCAAGAACCAUUUUCACUGGGCUGUCGUCCGACAUCCUUAUGACAUGCCCAGUCCAUCGUAGACGUCCGAUUUUAGCUGUUCGUACGAUGGGUGGUUCUUUUAGCAGCUGUUGCAAUUCUUGAUUCAAACGCCAUCUCCACGAUCCAUAUUCUAUCUGCACUUCGCCAUAGAUGGUCCUCAGUAGCUUUCGAAAACACUGAGAGCGCGUUGGUCCUCUGCCAACGUAGUCCAGGUCUCGUGGCAAUAGAGAACAACCGGUUUAACGGUCAAUUUCGUGCGGUGGCGUACUUUUUUCGAUCGAAGGAUUUUUCGGAGUCCAAAGUACGCACGAUUCUCUGUCAAAAUACGUCUAUGAAUUUCUCUGCUGGUGUCAUUAUCGGCGGUCACCAGUGAGUCCAAAUACACGAACUCGUCAACCACCUCGAUAUCGCCACCGUCUAUCAAUAUUCGUGGUGGGAGGCUUAGUGUUUCUUCUCUAGAGCAUCUUCCUCUCAUGUAUUUUGUUUUCGACGCAUUUAUGGCCAGUCCGAUACGCCUAGCUUCAGCUUUUAGUCCGAUGUAGGUUUCCGUCAUCUUCUCAAGGUUACGUGUCACAAUAUCAACAUCGUCAGCGAAACCAAAAAGUUGUACGGGCUUUCGGAAGAUCGUGCCCCUAGUGUCGAUCCUCUUCGAAUCACACCUUCCAAGGCAAUAUUGAACAAGGUACGACUCUCUUGCCGUAGCCUUCUCCGAGAUUCGAAGGGGCUCGAGAGUGUCUCAGAUACUCGGACGUAGCACAUCACUCUAUCCAUCGUUGUUUUGACCAAUCGCGUCAGUUUAUCCGGGAGACCGUAUUCGUGCAUUAUCUGCCAUAGCUGUGCUCGAUCGAUUGUGUCGUAUGCCGCUUUGAAACCAAUUCUCCAUGUUAGGAGAGGCUGAUUACCAUCCUUGUGAAGGGUAGGUCUCUAAACAGUGCUGACACGAUAUCCCUCCGGUGAGACAGGAGGUUGGUGCAGGCCUAACAAGCCGCCCGAAAAAAGGAAGUUACGAAUAAUCAAGGAAGAAAUACGAGAAGAUAUUUCAUCCAAGAAUAAUGGUUGGCCGUUCCCUCUGGCGAAUUCUGUUCGACAUCAUACUGCGCUCGACUCGAUUUGUUUACGUUUUUGUGCAGACUGUUGACCUCUUUGUGCCGCAAUGAGCCGGUAGUCCACAAUGAAAGAUCGCCGCAAUGAGGUGUAAUAACGUGUGAUUUAUCUGUUUUCGUCGUUAGAUACUGAUCAAAUUUAAAAUUAGUACAAAGUGGUUCUACGUCUUAUCAAGAUUGAAACAAAUUGUAGGAAAUUAUUGCAUUCGAUGUUCGGCACAUCUUAAUUUUUUGCACAUCGAUUUAGAAUCACAUCGAGGUCGUCACAAUUCUUUUUUUUUUCUAUGUAAUUUUUCAAAUAUUUUCCGUAACUAUGCGUGGUCUUCUGAUAUGUAAUAAUAUUCUCCAAAACCUACUGUUAUUGACGAGAGGCGCUUUCCUUUCGAGUCUCUUGAUAUUUCAUCAGCUCCGCACAAGAGCCCCCCCUUAUUGUUGGUGGGGGAAACUUUUCCUUAGCUUUAGUUUGCGUUGCGUUUCGUUAUGACGAUAAUCUUGGCGGAUUGCACACUUAUAUUAGCAUGUUUUCUGCUGAUUGACCAAUAGAAGUUGUUCAGGAAAUGGUAUUGGGUAUUAAUACCAUUCCAACUCAACUAGAACAUUUCUACAGCAAGAUAGGAAGGAAGUAAGAGAGGAAAUGUUGAUGCGUCACCUACUUUCCGGAAGGACGACAACUCAUAAUUCUCUUCCAUUGAAGUUGCGGAGUUGGAGAUAUGGGAGUAAAAAUUUCUGAAGUGGCCCCCCCAUUUUUCACGAGGUAACCGAUUUUACAAUAAGUGUUAUUGUUUUGUAGUAUUAGUAUCUACGAACAUGUUCGUGAAAUAUUUCGUCGAUAUUCGAAUUUUUUAUACUAUUUUUAGUUACAUUAACAUUUGCUUCCUGAAACUCAAGCUCUGUUUCGAAUUAUACGAAACUUUGCAAAUGGAUAAACAACU